AAAUCAGUAAUUUUUAAAUUUAAGUUGUAGAUAAAACAUAAGAAUGAUAUGUAAACUUAUAAUUUUACCUUGAUUAAUUACUAUUGAUUUGGCUAUAACACGCAUCAAACCAACAACAAACGAUUACGACGGCCAAGGGCAGGAGGUAAACGACGAGAGUGUAAAGUAUUUAUUUUUAAUUUACCUCACCAAUACGUUCAACAUUUUCAAAUAAUUGUUUGCUGCUUUAACUAUUAGAGGCAAUAGACAACAGCUUUUUGGCGGUCGGCGACAAAAUAUUUGAGCACGACAACCACGAGAUAGACAACCUAAAGCGAUAACUAAGGCGCAUAGUAAAGCAGCACACCUAAGCAUGCACUUGUGUCCUUCAUUAUUGUGUCGGAAAUUUGCAAGUUGAAUCCGAGAUAUAACACGUGCCGCAUACAACACAAUGAAAAAGUGUACGCCAUAAAAAUAUAUAUGAAAAAUACACAACUUUGGAAAAAAUUCUUUAGAGCCUAAUACGAAAGCCUCUCAACGAAAAUGCUCUCCAUUCAGCAAGUGAUCAAAGCUCUCCGAAAGCUACAAAACAGUAGGACUAAAAACAUUGGCGGUGAGUUAAUAAAACAAAACUUCAAUCGAAUUGUGGCUGAAUCGUCAGCCACUACGAAAUCUGAAAAUGUAGUGGAAGCGAUACCAGCGUUUGUGGGCGCAAUUUCUCCACCCAAUGAAAGUGCAUUUCUGUUGGCACCGACGACUGUGACGUCACCACAAUCGUUAACCGAUGAGAUGAUAUCACCACAACAACAACAUUUGCAACCCCACCAAACUGAGAAUAAGCAACAGCUGUUCCUCACAACUAAUUCUAGUCAUCAACAACAAACAUAUCAGCCACUGCGGCAUUCACAAGCAUUCGAAGUUAAAUGUGAAACUGGCCUACAACGUACCGUCAGUGUUGUUUUGCCAGCGAUUGAAAACGGUGGUGUCAGAGCUGGUGCGGGAGACCAAAUUGGCGUAAAUUCAUAUAAGAUAACAACAACAAAUGCGAAUGCUUCAAAUUAUAGAAAAGCAAUUGUAUCCGGAACUAUAACACGCUCUCAACAGAUACAGAAGUUCUAUCAGCAGCAUCUGCAUCACUUCCAUACACAAAACAAUCAUAAUUUUGAAAAUAAGCAAACACAAUAUAACGCAAUGUCAUCACUAGCUGCUGAACCUAAAACUUUGAAGCAGGAUGAACAAACUGCGGCUGCCACAAAUGGGCAACAUAUGUCAGAGAAUGGAACCACCACCAGUAAUGGUAGCAGUUGUAAUGGCAAUGAACAGAAAAAUUCUUCUGGUAAGCCAUGUUUUAACGCCGGGCUGGGCCAAAUACUACAAUUUAUGGAGUUAAUUGGCAAUUUAAAGCAUACGAAGCGUACGGGAUGGGUGCUGCGCAACGUCAGUGACCCCGAAUCUAUAUCAGGUCAUAUGUAUCGCAUGAGUAUGAUGACCUUUCUACUGGACGGUAGCGAGGGUCUUAAUCAGAUACGCUGCAUGGAAUUGGCAUUAGUGCACGAUCUGGCUGAGAGUGUAGUUGGCGAUCUGACUCCUUUCUCCGGCGUCUCCAAAUCGGACAAACGCGCUAUGGAAUUCAAGGCAAUGGAAGACAUUUGCAAGUUAAUAGAACCGCGUGGCAAGCGUAUCAUGGAACUUUUUGAGGAAUACGAAGCAGGCGAAAGUGCUGAAUCGAAGUUUGUCAAAGACCUAGAUCGACUCGACAUGAUUAUGCAGGCAUUUGAGUAUGAGAAACGUGACAAUUGUCUAUUGAAGCAUCAGGAAUUCUUCGAUUCUACAGAGGGUAAAUUCAAUCAUCCAUUCAUCAAGAAACUGGUUGAUGAAAUCUACGAGCAGCGACAGAAUUUGGCGCGCGCCGAAGGUGCUACGCCACCACCGCCUGUGCAUGUGCCCGACAUUGAGGCAUUGCCCAGCACCAAUGGUCUACAGAAGAGUGCGGAUGCCGCCUCAGCGCUUGAGGAACCAGUCGUAGAAUCCCCAAAGAACAAAACCAGCACCACUAGUUGAUUGCGCAGCAGCACGAAAGGCAUGCAAAUGUCGUAAAAGAAUAGCAGCAACUGGCAAAAUAUAUGCUACGGCAACUGUCAUUCACGGAUUUGUUUGACAAGUUUUUAAAUAAUAUUCUCUCGGUUAAGUUAAAUAAAAUAAUAAUCGCGGUAGCUAGUACUUUAUUCUGUGCAUAGUAGAUUUUAUUUUUCCUUUUGCACUAAGCCAAAAAUCAAACGAAAACUAACUGUAUUGAACAAAUUUUAUUUAAUUUAUCACUCGUCUUAGUGCACAUGGUAUUUAAAAGUGUCAUUUUCAAUAGUCUAAGUUAGACUAAAAUAUUAUUUAACAAUCAUCAUAUUGCCUGCACGCUACAGCAUAAGGUUGUAAAGCGAGGAUUUUAACGAUGUUUUUAAUUGUUAUUGUAAUAUAAAAUCAAUGAAACUAUAUUCAUAAACAUUAUAAGUAUCUCAUUGUUCCAUGCUACAUUGUAAUUUACUGUAAUAGCAAAUUUGAUCGGCGUUAUAGACACUUAUGCAAUUUAAUUUGUACAAAACUAACAACAUUAAAGCAUUGGGUUUUGUUGUAACAGCAUAACACAAUCAA